AUGCUGCAGAGUUUUAAGCCAAAGCCGGGUGUUUGUGAGCAGGCGCGGGCGGAGGACAGCUGCUGCCGCCUCGGUGCAUUGUGGUCCGGUCCCCGCUCUUGUGGAUCCUCCGCUGACCUGAGCCUGCAGUGGCUCACACGCUUCGCAGAGCUCAAGGGCACAGGCUGCAAGGUGCCACAAGAAGUGUUACAGAAGCUGCUUGAAAGUUUACAAGAAAACCACUAUCAAGAGGAUGAGCAGUUUCUGGGGGCAGUUAUGCCUCGACUAGGCAUAGGCAUGGACACGUGUGUCAUCCCCCUCAGACAUGGAGGCCUUUCACUAGUUCAAACUACAGAUUAUAUCUAUCCCAUUGUAGAUGACCCCUACAUGAUGGGUAGGAUUGCAUGUGCCAAUGUUUUAAGUGACUUGUAUGCUAUGGGGGUAACGGAAUGUGACAACAUGCUAAUGCUUCUGGGCGUUAGCAACAAAAUGUCAGAGAAGGAACGUGAUAGGGUCAUGCCACUAAUCAUCCAAGGCUUCAAAGAUGCGUCUGAAGAGGCCGGGACAUCUGUGACAGGAGGGCAGACCGUACUGAACCCAUGGGUGGUGAUGGGAGGUGUGGCCACAACAGUGUGUCAGCCUAACGAGUUCAUCAUGCCCGACAACGCUGUUCCUGGAGACGUGCUCGUGUUGACUAAGCCUUUGGGGACACAAGUAGCUGUAGCAGUGCACCAGUGGCUAGAUAUUCCUGAGAAAUGGAACAAGAUUAAGCUCGUUGUAACUCAAGAAGACGUAGAACUGGCCUACCAUGAAGCCAUGCUGAACAUGGCCCGGCUCAACAGGACAGCGGCUGGUCUCAUGCAUACCUUCAACGCCCAUGCAGCCACGGACAUCACAGGAUUUGGGAUUUUAGGCCACGCACAAACUCUGUCAAAGCAGCAGAGGAGCGAGGUCUCCUUCGUCAUCCACAACCUCCCGGUGCUCGCCAAGAUGGCCGCCGUGUCUAAGGCCUGUGGGAACAUGUUUGGGCUCAUGCACGGCACCUGCCCCGAAACCUCAGGAGGCCUUCUCAUCUGCCUGCCCCGGGAACAAGCCGCACGUUUCUGCGCGGAAAUCAAAUCGCCGAAAUACGGAGAGGGCCACCAGGCGUGGAUCAUCGGCAUCGUAGAGAAAGGAAACCGCACAGCCCGCAUCAUCGACAAGCCCCGAAUCAUAGAAGUAGCUCCGCAGGCCGCCACCCAGAAUGUCAACCCCACCCCCGGCGCCACCUCCUAA